AUAGAAUUCUGGGCUAUCUCCUAUGACGAGACUGAUAAUAAUUGCUGAAUGACGGAACGUGUCUUUCAUCAGCAGUCUCCAUUAUAAUUGAUAUCUCCACCGACGGCGGUUAGUUUUCCGCAGAAAAUCGUAAGACUUUGCAUGCAUGGCAACAUCGCACGCAUUGCAACAUCGCAGAAGAUGGGACGGUGCAGCCUUUCUCUGGUUAUCCUGGCCUUGGCGUGGUUAGGCCUAGCGGCAGCGUACUGUCCGGACGCGGUCAGCCUGAAACCAUGCACGUGCGACCAUUAUGGGAUCAACUGUAUGCGCGCCAACAGCACGGCUCAGCUGAGACGGGCCUUCGGGUGCGGUAACGCGACGACCCGAGAACACAACGAGCUGUGGAUUCAGAAGACUCCCAUCACGUCCUUCCCGAGCGACGUGCUUGGAAACUUCAAGUUCGGCGAGGUCCACUUGGAGCUCAACGCCAACCUGAGCUCCUUCACUUUGGACGCUUUCGAGGACUUUAAGCAGCUCCUAAGCGUGCUAAGCGUGUACGGGAACGCCUUGCGGACAUUCGAAUUUGAAAAACUGCAGCAUUUCCCGUUGCUGGAGGCUCUCAACAUGGGCGAAAAUCAGCUAUCCCGCAUCCCGGCGAACGCGUUCCGUAGCAGGAGCCUGCGGAAGCUCAUGCUCACGGGCAACCCGAUAACUUACAUCGGUGCGAGGGCGUUCUUCGGUCUGUCCAGUCUCAAGGAUCUGCUUCUCAGCCGCACGAGGCUCAGGACACUGGGACCGCACUCGCUGUCAAUACCGCGCGCGCAUCCAGAGCUCAAGAUUCACGUCGCUGCUGGUCGGAUCAGCACCAUUCACCCAACCGCUUUCGGCUCUACGUCUCCUCUCGUGAUGAACCUGUCUUCCAACAACCUCACCACGCUGGAAGGGCAUCCGUUCGAAGCCCUCGUCAAACGCAUGCUGCGCAAUGGCAGGCGACUGAACAGGCUGCCGCUCCUGGCCAUCAGAGGAAAUCCCCUCACCUGCCGUGACUGCUCCUACGCGUGGCUCAUCCCGUACAGGUUCAACUCGACGAUGCAAAGCGUUCUCCUGGGAUUCCGGUGUGCUGAUGGUUCGGGCCUGUCUACCAUAAGCGCUCGAAAAAUUGCCUGCAAGUCUUCGUGGAACUACACGAACAUCGGUUAACGCGUUUAAAGCAUGCGCAUACGUUGCCUUUAAAGUAAAAUAAACCCCAACGUCAUAUCAUUCCAGGCUUACAUUAAACUGGACCUCCUUGUUUCUCUGCCGUGCGCGACCGGUCCAGCAAGAAACAUUCAAAGCUUCAGCUCCAACAUCUGAACAAUGAAGAAUAAGUUGAAAUUAGUAGCAUUCAAGUCUUGAACACGUGGUCCAUGGGCCACACCUUUACGGAGGUAGCAAAAGAGCAACACCCAAAUAAUCCAGGCCAGCGAGGCACUCUUACAGAGGCCAUUGGUUAACGUAUAACGUUGGUUAUAAAUCAAGAAACGCGCAUCCAACAUU